AGGGACACGGCGUCCAGGCUUGGGCGGCAGAGCGGGGCAGCCAUUGUUUUCCGGGGCUCUUCUCCCUGCUGCUGACGGCUUGGAUUUCCCUGCAGGUCACGUUACGGGAGGGCAGAUGGCGACCAGGAGCGCCGGCACUCUCAUCACUCACAGCAAUGCCACGUACAUCCCACCUGCCCUGAUGCCCGGGUAUCGCGGACACGUUCCCACCCAGCACUUCACCUACGGAGAUACGUACGGGAACACCACGGCGCGGUGCUUUCAGGAUUUCAGAUCUUCGGCUUUGAGCAGCAGCCAGGGCCCUUAUUCUAAGGGUGGCCAGUUCCCCACAAGCCACUCCAACGACCCCGCGCUGGUCAUAGGCAACCGGUCCAGAGGUCGGGACCGAAGCCUGUACAGCCCAAGCUGCUCUAGAUACAACGUGGACUUUGACAGAACCGAAGAACUCAAGAACUUUAGAAAGGUCGCUGAAGAACAUCGUGACCAUUAUCGGGAUAAAACCGGCACCUAUCACCAGGUGGCGCACUUCAUCCUCCCCGUGAAGAACGAGGAGAUCGACCCGCUCCCUCAGCCAAGGUUUUAAGAGCCCUGAAUGAUGUAUAUUUUAAGCCCAACGGGGGUACAAGAAGCCCGGAUUCCUCCACCCCUGGUUUCCUCGCCACAACUACAGACCCUGAGCAGGCCUAAAAAACCUUUAAAAAAUCUAUAUUAAUAAAAUAAAAUAUAAAGCGAUCUUCCAAG